UAAAUGUAAGGAAUGUGGUAAAGCCUUCAGUUACUUGAAAUUUUUUGAAAACCGUAAGAGCACUCACAACGGAGAGAAAAAGUACAAGUGAAGGAAUGUGGAAGAGCUUUCCAUUCUCACACAUCCUUUCAUACACAUGAAAGGAUUCACACUGGAGAAAAGCCCCACGAAUGUCAGGAAUGAGACAAAGCCUUCAUGUGGCCCACGACCUUUCGAAGACAUAUGAUAACACACAAGGGAGAUGUUCCUUACAGGGGUAAGGAAUGUGGGAAGGGCUUUAGUUGUUCUGCUUCAUUGCGAACACAUGAAACAGCUCACACUGGAGAGAAACCCUAUCAGUGUAAACAGCGUGGAAAACUCUUUAGAUAUCCUCAAACCUUACAAACACAUGAAAGGACUCACACGGGAGAGAAACCAUAUGAAUGUAAGCUGUGUACCAAAGCUUUCAUUUGUGUCAGUUCUCUUAGAAAACAUCAAAGAACUCGUACAGGGGAAAAACCUUAUCAGUGUAAGGAAUGUGGGAAAGCGUUUAGUGUUCUCUCAAGCCUUCGAGUCCACAGGAUCAGUCACACUGGACAUGGACCUUAUAAAUGUAAGCAGUGUGAGGAAGCAUUCACUUCUCCCAGUGCAUUUCGAGUACAUGGAAGGAGUCACAGUGGAGAAAAUCCCUAUGAAUGUGAACUAUGUGGAAAAGCCUACAAAUAUUACCAUUCCCUACAAACACAUGAAAGAAGUCAUACUGGAGAGAAACCAUAUGAAUGCAAGGAAUGUGGGAAAGCUUUUAGAUAUUCCCAAUCUGUUCGAUACCAGGAGAUGACUCACACUGGAGAGAAACCCUAUGAAUGUAAACAAUGUGAUAAAGCCUACAGAUGUCACAAUUCCUUAGAAAUGCAUGAAAGAACUCAUACUGGAGAGAAACCCCAUGAGUGUGUUGGAAUGUGGAAAAGUCUUCAGAUGUUACCAGAGUUUUCUAACACAUGAAAGAAAUCCCACUGGAGAGAAAUUCUAUUAAUAUAAAGGUUGUAGUAAAAUAUCCAAAUGUUCCAGUUAUCUUCAAAAACACGAAAGCAUUCACACAGGAGAGAAAUCCUAUGAAUGUGAACAUUGUGGUAAAGCCUUCAUUGCUCACGCAACCAUGCGAAGACACGUGAGAGUGCACACACAAGAAAUAUCAUUUAAAUGUGAAGACUGGGAAAGUCUACUAUCAUCCCAGUUCCUUCUGAAGGCUGGAAAGGACUCAUUGUGUAAAAUUUCUUGAAUAUGAAGUGUAGGAAAGACUUCAGUUGGCCCACAUCCUUGAAUGUGAAAACUCACACCAAAAAGAAAUGUAAAUGUAUGUAGCAUGAGAAACAACGUAAAUAUUCCAGGAAACUAUCAACUUGAAAAGGUUUUAUUAAAGUUUUAAAUAUAUUAUGUUUAUUAAGCCUCUGUAUACCAGUGGAAUGCAGAAUGUAAAUUAUUUUCCGAAGUGGACAUCCUGCGAGUCAUCUUUAAACAACAGUACAUAAUAAUAAUUAGUAAUUAUUCACUAAAGGAGUUAAUAUUUUGUUUCCACUUUGAAGCCUGUUGGGUCUGUAAGAGAAGUAUUUCUAUUAUGCAAUUAGGUUUAAUUUUUUUAAAAAUAAUGUUUUAUUUGUUCUGUGUUGAGGGGCCACUGAAAAAUGAUAGUGUGGUAUUUGUUGGGAUUUUCCAAUGACCUUCAUGACAAUUUCUGGAUAUUUCUGGUCCAUUAUACAUUCUAUCUUUAUUACUGAUAAAGUUCCUUUUUGGGAGGAUGAUGGGUAAGAGUCCUUUUCUGCUUUCCAUGCUAAUGAACAGUUGGAAUAAAUUUUUAUGUACUAUAGUUUAUGAUAAUAGUUCAAGAUGAAUUACUAUUUUCAUAUUUGGGUCCUUCUUUCUGACUAGUAUUUGGUAUUUGGUAUUUGGUAAAUAGACUUGACUUGAGAGCCUUGUGACAUGACAAAGUAGGAGAUAUCUUCUCUGUGGGUAAUGUGAGGAUCUAGAUUUGCCAGAAGACAUCCCCUUUAUGGUUCUGUGUUAGGGUUCAUCAAUAGCCUCACUUGCAUGAGAUUUUGAAGGUUAAAGUGAAGAAAGCAUUAGUCGGAUACCGGCUCCACCAUACAGGGAGAGAGAAGAAAUACAGAAGCUUUAAGAAGACCACCUUGCAGCCUCUUCUCCAGAUUCUUUGCCCUUGCCUAACCAUCAACUGUUCGAUACCUAUUUUCUUAGAGGUGUAGGUUAAUAAUGAUAACAAGAUCCACAGCGAAGAUCCAGGAGAAUUUGUAAUUUUCUGUAAGGCCUCCUGUGUUCACUAGGAAACAAAGUGAGACUUUUGUGUUUAGGAGUGUUCUCUGAUUCCCCUUUUCUCUAGAUUUUAUCUGUAUACGGUCUGAUUUGUAUAGGAAACACUUUAUGUUGUUAAUAGUGCUAGUGAAUAUGUUUUUGUGAUUCACCAUGACAGCUACAAUGAUGUAGUCAAAAGGUACAACAUGAGUUUGUUUCUUUACUACAUUGUACACAGAACCAGUGGCUCUGACUCACUCCUUCCAUGUGAGUGUAAACACCGUCUAACUCUCACGAAGACUGUUUCCUCUUGCAGCUGAAUGUAAUCCCUCAAUAUAUUUUUAAUUAUGUUUGAUUGUACACGAUUAAAAAUACA